AUGGCGGGAGGUUUGGUGGUCAGAAAAGAAGUACGUCAAUCUGGCGGUAGUGGUAAGAGCAAUAAUGACGCCAGUCCGCACUCCGAGUCCGGUCAGGGACCAAAACUGAGUCAGCAAGCAAAUCUCACCGGUUUCGCCCCAGUAGAUACCGGCGUGCCAACCUUCCCUCCAGAUGAGAAAACGAAAAACCGCGCGCUUUACAGUUAUUUUCUAUCAAAUGAGCAAGUGAUAGAGGAGCUACUCCACAGAAACGGUGUGAGAUUUAAUGAAGAACUCAAAAGCAUUCCGAGUCGUUGGCCACUGGAGAAACAUGAAACCUUACCAUAUGCUCGAGCAAUUAAUUGCGGAGAGGCGAGGGGAGCACAAGUCUUCAAAGUGCUGGACAGCUCAAGGGAGCACAUACAGAAUAGGGGCGAGCUAAUUCGGCUGUAUAACCGUUUGGCAGCAUCAUUAUACAAACUCCAUGGAGAACAUUUAAAUCGCUUCACAAUAACAACAUUUGAGCACAGGGAGCAGCAAGAGAGAUUAUUAGGCUGGCUUUAUAAGGAAAUCUUUAAGCCUGAUCACAGUCCUCCAGUGUUUGGAGUUGUUAAUCUACCCUAUUCUGACUGGUAUUUAGACGAUACAAGAAUGAAAAUUGGAGCUACUCAAGUAGAAUUAAUUAACUACUUUGCUCAGAACAUCCAACAAGCUGAUGAGACUGUAGCCCAUACCGCUCAUCAUGUAUUUGAGGCUUAUGAAGAGCAAAAUCCCAGUGAGUAA